AAAUUUACUUUGUCUCACCCACUUUUCCCCCGCAGCGCGAGUGUAUUUCCAUGCACGUUGGCCAGGCAGGUGCCCAGAUGGGCAACGCCUGCUGGGAACUGUACUGCCUGGAGCACGGCAUCCAGCCUGACGGCCAGAUGCCCAGCGAUAAGACCAUCGGAGGGGGGGACGACUCCUUUAACACCUUUUUCAGCGAGACUGGAGCUGGCAAGCAUGUCCCCAGAGCAGUGUUCGUAGAUUUGGAGCCAACCGUCAUCGAUGAAAUCCGCACAGGGAUCUACCGCCAGCUCUUCCAUCCUGAGCAGUUGAUCACCGGGAAAGAGGAUGCCGCCAACAACUAUGCUCGUGGUCACUACACCGUUGGAAAAGAGAUCAUUGACCUGGUCCUUGAUAGGACUCGCAAACUGGCUGACCAGUGCACAGGCCUACAGGGGUUUCUCAUUUUCCACUCCUUCGGCGGCGGUACGGGCUCAGGCUUCACCUCCCUCCUGAUGGAGCGCCUAUCGGUGGACUACGGCAAGAAGUCCAAGCUGGAGUUUGCCGUGUACCCCGCCCCCCAGGUCUCCACGGCUGUGGUGGAGCCAUACAACUCCAUCCUGACCACCCACACCACCCUGGAGCACUCGGACUGUGCCUUCAUGGUGGACAACGAGGCCAUCUACGACAUCUGCCGACGCAACCUGGACAUCGAGCGGCCCACCUACACCAACCUCAACCGCUUGAUAGGGCAGAUCGUGUCAUCCAUCACCGCCUCGUUGCGCUUUGACGGCGCCCUCAACGUGGACCUGACGGAGUUCCAGACCAACCUGGUGCCCUACCCGCGCAUCCACUUCCCCCUGGCCACCUACGCCCCCGUCAUCUCGGCAGAGAAAGCCUACCACGAGCAACUGUCCGUGGCCGACAUCACCAACGCCUGCUUUGAGCCGGCCAACCAGAUGGUCAAGUGCGACCCCCGCCACGGCAAGUACAUGGCUUGCUGCCUGCUGUACCGCGGCGACGUGGUGCCCAAGGACGUCAACUCGGCCAUCAGCAACAUCAAGACCAAGCGCUCCAUCCAGUUUGUGGACUGGUGUCCCACCGGCUUCAAGGUGGGCAUCAACUACCAGCCGCCCACCGUGGUCCCCGGCGGAGACCUGGCCAAGGUGCAGAGGGCCGUGUGCAUGCUGAGCAACACCACGGCCAUCGCCGAAGCCUGGGCCCGACUGGACCACAAGUUUGACCUGAUGUAUGCCAAGCGCGCCUUUGUGCACUGGUAUGUGGGUGAGGGCAUGGAGGAGGGAGAGUUCUCUGAAGCCAGAGAAGACAUGGCCGCCCUGGAAAAAGAUUACGAGGAGGUGGGCACCGACAGCCUGCCUGAUGACGAGGAAGGCGAAGAGUAUUAGAGGCAUUCAGAUCUGGUUCAAUGGUGUAGGAUCUGUUGGAUUAAAAAAAAAAAUCUUUUGUGUGUGUAUCAGACUGUCUAUUGUCCCGUCUCGUUUUUAUAUUUGUGCAAACUAAUAAAUCCUGUUUAGUAAGAUA